UAGGUUUUGGAAUCUCGCCUCCAACGACUCUUGGCGGAUGAUACCAAGACCACCAAAGAGCCCAGGGAGGAUUCGGCCCCAUUUCUCGCAGCAUUGACCACGCAACGGGGUGAUCGUCGGGGGCCGCUGCGUAGCACCUCGUCCCUCAUGUCGGACGUCUUCACAGUGAUGUUCACCGGUGUUUAUACGGUGGCAACUACUCUCACUGCGGCGACCUACUACCUCAUGCGAGAUGAAAAUUUCCUAAGGAAACUCCAGCAGGAGUUAGCGAUGGCGUGGCCAGAUGCUACACAGCCGUGUCCGUCGGCGACUGUCUUGGAGAAGCUGCCGUAUCUGAGCGCCGUGAUCAAGGAAACCCUCCGCCUCACAGCAGGAGUGAACUCGCCGAUACCUCGCAUAACACCCGAAACCGGAAUGACGAUUGCAGGGACUUACGUUCCUGGCGGGGUGCAAGUAUCGAGCAGCUCUUACAUUAUUCAUCAUGAUCGACGUGUCUUCCGGAAUCCGUGCCAGUUCGAUUCCAGUCGCUGGGUUGUCGGAGGCAAGGAGAUGCAGAAGUUCGAACUCAGUUUCUCGAUCGGUCCGCGACAGUGUCCGGCCAUGAGCUGGAGCAUGAACGCGCUGCUGGUGUCACUAGCACAUGUCAUGAGGAGUUUUGAGUUUGACUAUGAGGACCAAGGCGACCUGCGCUAUAAGGAUUAUUUUGUACCAAUCAUCGAUGGGCCGAAUCUUCGAGGUCGGGUCAGGCGAAGGUAGUACUCGUUGGUCCGAACUAGUAUGGCUGGAAGGAGCUGCAGCUGGAGGCUUGGGCGAGAUCGAGAUGCGCUGACCCACACCUUCGUCCUGCACGGCGAAUACGAUUCAUCUCGCGGGGUCGAGAAGCAAUGCUUAGGGUGAGAGAUAGAGAAGAACAUAUAUAAAUUAUACGGAC